UAGAAAAACAUAUUCCGGAAAGUCUAUUAAAAACAAACUUGUGAAUAAAACAUUACAAAAACAUUCCGGAAAAACAUAUUGUAAAACAAACACAAAAACAUUUUUGCUAAAAAUUACAAGUCAAAACACAAGAAAUAAACAUGAGAAAGCACAUUCCGGAAAACAAUAUACGAACAAAACAUUUGAGAAUAUACAAAUUCCGGAAAUAGAAUAUGAACUUAACAUGUUUUUAAUAUAUUCCGGAAUGUUCAAUAAAACAAUAUUUAUUUUUCCGGAAAACAUGCGUAUUUUUCUUUUCUCUAAUUUUUUCCGGAAAACACACACACAUUUCCGGAAAACACAUAAAUUAAUUAAACUUAUUUCUCUAACUAGACACUAUUUCGUUCGUUCCACUAAUGUUGGUGAACAAUUCCACUUGUUUACCUCUCUAUGCACCUGGCUUAUUAGAAAAUCAGGGAUUGUUGUUGAUAUGGAAAUGCCGCAUGAAUUUGAAGAUCCGAAUGGAACAAUAGCAAGAAUUUUGAAUUCAAUAAAAGAAGAAAAAGAAUUUGAGAAUUUAAAUAUUCCUCCAAACAAAUUAAAAUCUGGGGCUGGAAAGCAAUGUGUUCUUCUACUUUUUCAUUUAACUGCAAUUGCCCUUGAAAAAAGUGGUUUUCAAUAUGGAGUAAUGCAACAGGUAGAGGAUACAGAAGAAAAUAUUCAAGAUGAGGAAAAUCAGGUUGACCAGGCUGAAUUGACUUCGGACCAGUUUGACGAUGAUGUUGAGCUAGCUGAAGAUGAGGAUAAUCCAUUAAUGGAAGAAUUUGACGUUAUUACAGGAGAAGUAGAAACACAAGCAGAUGACAAUAUUUUAGAUCCUCUAAAAAUGAUAAUGCAAAAUGGGACAACUAAAUCACUCGAUUCAAUGCGGGAAGAAUUAGAAAGGGUAACCCCCCAGUUGCGUAUAACAAUUAGAGGAACACAAAAAAAUUGGCAAAUGCAUGCAGAACAAAUAGCUAAAAUGGAAGCAGCGUUGAGUGAACAAUAUGCUGAAUUACAUCCAAUAUUGACUAGUAUGGAUAAAGAAAUAAAUGAUGCAAUGGAAAGGAUUUCGUUGAGAGAACAGAAUUUAAAUGAACAAUUUUCUGGUCUUCUAAACAUAUACAGAACAAAAAAGAACGAGUUGGCUGCAAUUAGCGAACAUUACAAAGAAAGUAGUGUAACAUUGAAUAGCAAAACAGAAACACUUAAAAAUGUAAACGAAGAAAUUGACGAGUUGAAACAACAAAUUGAAGAACGCGGAACACAAAAUACAAGUGGAGCUCCAAUAUUAAAAAUCAAACAAGCUUUGGCAAACAUCGAAAAAGAAUGUUUUGUAAUGAGUGUUCAAAUUGCUGUUUUAGAACAAACUCUUAUUCAAACAAGGUUGAGUAAACAAUAUGACGAACAUUUGGGAAACAAUGUUUUAGAUUAUUUAUAA